AUUUUAACAUUUAUUCACCGGUUCAUUAAUAUUUCGCCUGUACUGUUAAUCACAUCUCAUCUGACUGGUGCCUCUUUCUAUAAUCAAGCAAACAUUCAUCCAGAUAUUCGUGUUUUCAAUUUAAUUCAGAAAUCCUUAAUCCUUCUCUUACAGAUGCUGUAUGAUCCCACGGUUACAGAGGCAUUUAUUAAUUCACCGAACCCAGGCUGCGAUUGCGUGGAUGCGUGUUCUGACCCGCUCGUGUGCGCCUGUCUCAUUCGGUCCCGCGGGCGCAACUAUGAUCCGGAUGCAAACAUUCUACUGCAGCUACAAUCACCGCAAUCAUCAUUCGAUCGCCCAGUCUACGAAUGCAACAGCAGGUGUGCCUGCCGCAAAGACAAAUGUCACAAUCGACUAGUUCAACUGUUACAUCGAAAUAAGGGGGCUUUGGUUCCCUACAAUGCAGAAGCCAAGGGACGAGGUGUGCGUGCGUCGCGUGCGUUUUGCAGAGGGGAAUUUGUGUGUGUUUUCAGCGGCCACUACAUGAAACCUGACAUUGAACUGGCACAAGCACUUGCAAGCAAGCAACGGAGGAGGUGGCACAACGUCUACAUUAUGGUUGUCCGGGAGAUCGUUGUGGAUACUUUUCAGGACGCCUUCACGACUAUUGUCAAUGGUGCGCAUAAGGUCCGAAGCGUUCACACGGGACUGCGACGUACCAGCCUCAUCAACCACUCCUGCAACCCCAAUAUGCAAGUUAUCCCUGUUCGAGUUGACACGGUCCAGCCCUUCUUGGCGUUUUUUGCAAUACGUGACAUUGCGGAAGGUGAGGAACUCACGUAUGAUUACUUCAAAAUGUCACGCGAGAAGACUGUGCGUGGAGCAAAGGCCUGUCGUUGUGGAACUCUGCCGUGUAGUCGCAGGGUACGCAAAUUUUGUUUCAUAUCUGUGAGAAUCGUUAAUAUGCAUUGCCUUUUGAGGCUGUUUUGCGGUAGUAAAUUUGCAAUCAAUGACACAGGCCGUGUGAAUCGAAAGUGUGUUAUGUGGGGGUCUAGUUUCUGA